AUGUAUGGUUCCGGUGAUAACUACUAUGGUACAUUAAUUCCACCAAUACCAUAUGAUGUGGGAGAGGGUCGGAAUCUGAUAUCGUCAGCUUCAACACGUUCAUCCCAACCGACUCCGCCAACGCAUAUUCCUGUUGACUUUGCUACGGCUCUGGCUCUGGCCGCUGCUUCAGCUGCAGCGAACAACGGUAGUAUGAACGGCGUCAAUAGCGGUGGCAACAGCAAUGAAGCUCUCGAUGGGGAAAAAAUCAACUACUGUUCGAUGCCGACAGCAGGGCUAAACGAUUACCCGACGAAUUGCUACCCUCCCCCGCAAUCAAAUUCCCCAACCGAUUGCAACGCAAUGUACCUCUCUCGUGGAGCCGCAGAUAGUGGGAAUGGUACCUUCUAUCCCGGGAAUUCAUGUCCUUAUCAAAAUGCACAUCAAGAUUGUGACACUCUUUAUCACCAUCCUGCGGGGAGUGGCUUCACUGCAGGAGACGCUCUGCAGGCCUCACCCUACAAUGCUCAAUUUGGUGAACGCGUUGGGAUGAAUGCCUCUCCCUACAUGAUGUACCCCAACGGAAUCGCUGACGACCUUGUUGAGCGAUUUAAUUGUGUCAGCUUGAAUGAUGCAGUGGCGGCACAGCAGCCUUAUAUCUAUCCCGCAUCUCCACUGCAUCAAAAUGACCCACUAGUUGAUAGUCAGUGGCGACAUUUUGUGGGGAAGGACCGUAACGGCUUCGCCUUCAUGGGACCGGGAGUCGGUCGAUUAGCUGAUCGCUAUCAGCAUGAUAGUGGCUGCUCGGGCGUCGCUGUCAAUGGUGAUGCCCAUCGUAAUUGGGCUCUCGGUGGUGUUAAACUCGGCAAUAAUCCUGCCGAUGCAUGUAGCUGGCCUGUCACCAAGCGGUCUCUGCACUUUACGCCAAGUGAUAUCGCCACUGUAAUGGGAAAUCCGGAAAUUUCUGGAGAUACGGUGGGAUUCGGCUUCAGGCACAAUCGACACCGCCCUCGAGUGCAGAAGAACGGAGAGCGACCCGUUCCUUGUGCUCCGCGAGGCAUCAUCAGGGACGGUGUAUAUGAGCGUCUAGCCGAUUCCAAUGCGACCAACUUAGAAGAAGCAAUGAAUAAACCUUCCGGUAUUAGCAGCACUGGGGAUUCCCUUCAAGCUCGUCUCCUGCGUCAAGUCAAUCCACCGACCUUCAAUACUAACCCUUCGAGGGCUCGUUUCUUUGUGAUUAAGUCUUUCUCUGAGGACGACAUCCAUCGCUCCAUCAAGUAUUCUAUCUGGUGCUCAACAGAGGCGGGCAAUAAGAAGUUAAAUGCAGCUUACACAGAGGCUGCCAGCGCUGGCGUGCCUAUCUAUCUUUUCUUCUCGGUUAACGGAUCUGGUCACUUCUGCGGAAUCGCGGAGAUGACCUCAGGUGUGGACUACGCGACCCGAGCGGGUGUCUGGGCACAAGACAAGUGGCAGGGUCAGUUCUCGGUCAAGUGGAUCUAUGUGAAGGAUGUGCCCAAUGUGGUGUUGAGGCACAUCCACCUUGAAACCAAUGAUAAUAAGCCGGUUACACAUUCGAGGGAUACCACUGAGGUACCAUUGGAGCAUGGGCAGGAGGUUUUGGAGAUAUUUGCCAAAUACGACAAUGCUACUUCCAUUUUGAAUGAUUUUGACUAUUAUGAGCGGAGGGAGCAGCAAGAGCUCAAUCGCAAGGAGACUCUUCGACGACGAUGA